AUGGGCCUCAGCAAGAUCGGCGCUCUCGUCGCUGCCCUGGCCGCUGCCGGCCAGGUCGCGGCUCACGGUUUCGUCAGCGAUGUCAUCAUCAACGGCGUCAAGUACAAGAACUACGACCCUACCAGUGACUGGUACCAGGCCCCGGCCAACCGUCCCAUCCGAUUCAGUGCCGGCUGGACCGCCGAGCAGGAGGAUCUCGGCUUCGUUGCCCCCAACGCCUACGGCACACCCGAUAUCAUCUGCCACCGACAGGCCACCCCCGGCAAGGGCCACAUCCGUGUCGCUGCUGGCGAUGUCGUCACUCUCCAGUGGAACACCUGGCCCGAGUCUCACAAGGGUCCUGUCUUCGACCACCUCGCCAACUGCAACGGCCCCUGCGAGUCGGUGAACAAGAACGACCUCAGGUUCUUCAAGAUUGACGGUGCUGGUCUCACGACCGCCCCCUCGACCUACGCUGGUGAUGUUCUCAUCCAGAACAAGAACCAGUGGUCCGUCCGGAUUCCAGCCAACAUUGCGGCUGGCAACUAUGUUCUCCGCCACGAGAUUCUCGCCCUCCACUCCGCCGCCCAGCCAACGCGCCCCAGUCCUACCCCCAGUGCAUAA